UUUUACGACAACUCCUAAUAAGGCAAUGUUUGGCUAACUUACGACGGUUGAAAUAAAUUAAUAUCACGUUGAAGCUCCAAAUUUACUAGCUUUAUGACGGAUUUACAGCCAUCUCAAUGACAACCCAGGAGGGACCGAUCGAGAAUGUUCAAGUUAAACUUGAACUGGGCCACAAGGCAUCCUUUCGUUCAGAACCAACAGUGGAAGGUUUUACCCACGAUUGGACUGUAUUCAUACGUGGACCUGAUGGAUGCGACAUUCAGCAUUUUGUGGAGAAAGUGGUAUUUUACUUGCACGAGAGUUUCCACAAACCCAAGAGAGUUAUCAAGGAACCACCAUAUGAGGUGUCUGAAAAUGGAUAUGCAGGUUUCCUGCUCCCGAUCGACAUCUACUUCAAGAAUCAGGACCCAAAGAAAAUCCGUGUGACCUAUGACCUGUUCCUGAAUGCCCAGGAAGCGCCACCUAUUAAUCAUAUUCGCUGUGAGAAGUUGACGUUUCAGAAUCCAACUGAAGCAUUUAAGCAGAAGAUCAUGAAAGCUGGUGGGUUUGUCAUCUCGGCAAAUGGGGUUGGUUCCUCAGGCGAAGAUAGCGAUGGUCAGAUAGGGGGGUCUACCCAUCCAUCCCCCAUGCCCGGGGGUAGCUCGCAACCCUACAAAUCACCCUCUACUCUUCCUGCCAGUGUGAGGACUGAAACGUCAAAGAACAAGUCCAAACAGACUAUUCCUUGCAAGACACAACCCGCCGAGCACAUAUCCACACCUGGAUCAAUAAUAACAGAAGUGCCACCUAUUGGUGCCGAAACGACACUGCCAUACUCCGAGUCCUUUACGGAAAUAUUUGGAGCUCCUCUUCAGAAAGAGGCAAUCAUUAAACCAUAUAGAAAGUCCGAUGUUUCAAAACCAUUUACUGAAAUACCAAAACCUAGAUCAAGUGACUCUAAAAAACCAACUGAGCAUUCCGGGCACGAACGGAAAAAAUCAAAUAGUGACAAUGAUAAACGUUCAAUCAAUGGGGAUAAAAAAUCGAAUAAUGACAUUAAGAAGUCAAGCCAUGGUAGUCAAAGUAAAGGGUCUAGUCAUAACAAAUCAUUAAGUCAUAUUAGUCAUAAAUCUGCUGAUAAAGAAAGACAUUCAUCUAGUGGAAAGGAUGGCAACAAAAUUUCAAAUGAAAGAAAAUCUGCUGAAAGGGAUAGAAAACACAGUGAAAGUAAAGAUAAAAAGAUGGGUCAUUCUUUAUUGAAGGCUGACAAGAAAUCCAAGUCAAGUAGCAAAGGAGACCAUAAGAAAGAAAAGCCCAUGAAGAUUAAACCCAUCGAACCAAAGGAAGAAUUCAAAGGAAGUCAACCUAAGCUUGAGGCUAAAGAGGCUAAGCCAGACUUCAAAGACACUAAAUCUGAUAUGAAGGUUAAAGACUCGAAGGGAGAGUCAAAACACCACAGUAAAGAUUCAAAAUCUGAGCAUAAACAUUUGUCUUCAUCGGGGUCGUCAACUUCAUCAAGGGAUCUAAAACAGGAGUCCAAGCAUCACUCUCCAAAAUCUCAGAAAUCUGACUCAAAGCAUUCCUCUAAGGAAUCAAAACAUCAGUCGAAGGAAUCUAAUUCUGAAUCUAAGCACCAUUCACCUAAAACCCACCAGAAACAUGAUGGCAAGGGAUCUUCAAAGGAAUCCUCAAGAGAUUCAAAAUCAGAAACUAAGUACCAGUCCAUAAGGGACUCUAAAUCUGAAUCCUCUAAAGACUCCAAGCACUCAUCAAAGGACAGUAAAUCAGAGUCUAAACACUCCUCUAAAGAUUCAAAACAUGAGGCGAAACACCAAUCAAAGGUGUCUAAGUCUGAAUAUAAGGAAUCGAAAGAUUCUAGGGACAAAAGUUCAAAGCCUAAAGAGUCUAAACAUGAUAUGAAGGAAUCCAAAAGUGUCAAAUCAUCAUCGGAACAUAAAGAAAAGUCAAGGUCAGAAAAAUCAUAUAAAGAAGCGAAGAUAAGCCCAAAGGAUGAGUCUAAAAAGUCUAAAGAUGAAUCACAUAAGAAGCAAAAGGAGGAGGUUAAGAAGACAAAAGAAGAGUCGAAAAAGUCAGAGCCAAAAAUAAAGGAUAGUAAGUCUAUUAUUAAAGAGGGGAAACUUAAGGAUUCUAAAUUGUCUCUUACAUCAUAUCUCAAAGAAACGUCAUCUUCCACAUCAUCGUCAAAGAAUAAAUAUAAAUCUGAAACAAAGACUGAGGAGACUGACUCCAUAUCAUCGCAACCAUACGUGUCAAAAUCAUCCAAGAAACAUAAAACUGAUGUAAAAAUGGAAGACUCUGACUCCAUGUCACCACAGUUGUAUGGCACAAACUCAUCGAAAAAAUAUAAAAGCGAAGUAAAAAUUGAAGACUCAGAUUCUAUGUCACCACAAUUAUAUGGUUCGAAAUCAUCAAAGAAGUACAAAUCGGAAGUAAAAGCUGAGGACUCUGACUCUAAUUUAUCAGCUCAAUUAUAUGAGUCUAAACCAUCGAAACGAUCCGCUGAUGAGCCCUUGAUAUCAACUGAAAUUAAAAAAGCAAGAAGGGAAGACACUGAGAUUAAAAUUGAUAAACAAAGUGAUAAGUCCCAUAAGCAUAAAGAGAAAAGUUCAUCUCGAUCAUCCCAAGAUAAAGAUCGUAUAAAAUCAGAACCCAGAGACAACAAAUCUGACUCCAAGCAUACUAAACAUGAAUCAAAAUCUGAUUCUAAAAAAGACUCAAAAUCGGAAAGCUCAAAGUCCAAAAAAUCAUCUACACCAAGAUCAUCUAGAGAGGAAAAGGAAAAAGACAAAAAACAUUCCUCUGAAAAAUUUGAAAAGGAUACUAAAUCAAGCAUUAAAAAAGAAAAAAAGGAUUCAUCUAGCAGUAAGAGGGUAAAGGUAAGAGAACCUUCACCUGAGAUAGUAAAACCAGACCCAGUAGAAGUUAAGUCUGAAGUGAAACCCAGGAAGCCACUUCCUGCAUUUGAGGAUGAGUUGAGUACAGGCGAGACAUCGGAUAUUGACUUUGAUAGCCACCCAGCCGAGGCACUCUCCCCCCUUCCCGAUGAUCUCCCACCCCCAAGAGUAGAACGUGAGAUAAGAGAGAAUCCCCCUAAGCACAUAAAUGUCACAGAUGAUCAUGACGAGUCUAGUCAGCCAUCAAGUGAGUCAUCUAGUCGAGCUACUAGUCCCGCAGGAGGGUCAACUACCAGUGGCUGGAGGGGAGGAGGCUCAGGUGCAAGUGCACUCAGCACUCUAAUACGCGAGAUGGAGAGUGACGGAGAUGAGGAAGAUGAAAAUGAAGAUGAGAUUAUAUCAGUGCGCUCGUCAAAUAUGUCACCUCCUCAUCUGUUACCCCCUCAAUUAACUGACUCAAAAUUAGAUCAACGUGAAUAUCCCCCAAAACCGAAAUCACCAUCGUACGGAAGUACACCAACAAUUAAAGCAUCGAAACCUAAGCGGCCAUCAUCGCCAACAUUAUCUCUAUCGUCAUCAAAUGCAUCAUCACGAUUGAGUAAAAAAUCCAGAAAAUCAACGUCAAAAAUUGUUUCUAAAGAGAUCUGUGAGGAUGAUGACAGUCAAAGUGAAAUUGAAAAUGACAAUGUUCCAAAAACAAAUGGUGCUCAAUAUGAAAACACCAGGCCUCCACUAGACGAUGAGCUGAUCGAGCUUCUAGACCUUCAAAAGAAAUUAAUGAUGAUUCAUGACAAUUCAAUACUUCAACAAAUUGUAGAUGUUAUAGAAGAAUCUGGAAAGUAUGCUAUCAGUGAUGCUACAUUUGACUUUGAUCUAUGUAAAUUAGAUCAGAUAACAGUUAAAAAACUGAAGCAUACGAUAAAUAAUGGACAAAGUGUCUCAAUGUCACAUAUGACGAGUGUUAUGUAA